UCCCUCCGCUGCUCAUUCUGCCUUGAACAUUGGACAGACGCAGAGCUGUUCUACAGUCACACAACAGUCAACAUGGACGUGCACCGAGUAUCACACCACACUCGAAUGGAAUAUAAUUUGGACAACAUGGAGGGCAAGCAGGCUGGGAAAAUGCUGCCCUGCCACGAGGAGCGCUUGGACAGCGGCGUGGAUUCGUUGAGAGACGAAGACAUAGUUAAAGACUUGGAGGAGCUGAAGAUGACUGAACAUGCGGAGUUUACGCCGGAAUACGAGCCCUGGAGAGAUGUGAUCACGGACGACGGUGAUACGCUUCUACAUUUGGCCAUCAUUCAUGAAGCAAUUGAACAUGUCCUGCAGAUGAUCAAGCUGUCCCACAGUCACCCCUUCCUCAAUGCACAGAACCACCAGGGACAGACUGCACUGCACUUGGCGGUGAUCACAGACCAGCCUCAGCUUGUGGAGAGAUUGCUGAAGGCCGGAGCAGACCCCAGGUUAGCUGACAACAGCGGAAACACAGCCCUCCACAUCACCUGCAAGAAGGGCUCCCUGGCCAGCUUCAGCGUCAUCACACAGAACUGCCACAGCCACCUCACAGCGCUCAUGUCCUUCCCCAACUACAGUGGACACAACUGCCUUCACCUUGCAUCAAUAAAUGGGUACAUUUCACUUGUGGAGAACCUUGUGAAACUGGGCGCAGAUAUAAAUGCACAGGAGCAGUGCAGUGGAAGAACGGCACUCCACUUGGCGGUAGACUUCCAGAAUCUGGCGUUGGUCCAGUGUUUGGUAGAUCUGGGUGCAGACGUCAAUAGCCUAAACUACGGAGGGUUCACACCAUAUCACCUCACAUAUGGUCGCCAAAACGAAGAAAUCCGGCAGCAAUUGUAUCACAAAACUGCACUGGAGCUGAGGCCACUGCCCAUGAGCGAAUCAGACGAAAGCGAAAUGGAGGAUUUGGACUUGUCAGAUGAUGAGUUGUACGAUGACAUAAAGUUUGGCCAAUAAAGAAACAACAACAAAAAAUGGUGAUACAUGUGAAGCUGCUAUAUCGGGGCUGUCCAUUCAGGGCCAACAAACUGGCUGCCAGGACGUCCAGAAGUGCUGGCCGGACCGAACCAUGAAGAUGUGAAGGCGAUGCCGAGCUGGUCCGAAUACAAGAGUGGAGACUGAAUUGCAAAAGAAGCAAGAUCAUGAACUCUGAAAGUCCCUCAUGUAAAAUGCAUAAACUAUAUAUAUAUCCUGUAUAUAAGAGCUGUUAUAUAGUGUAAAUACAGAGAUACUAUUUUUGUAUUUGUAAAUAUCUACUGUGAAUUUAAACACUAUUAUGAGAGAAUAAAAGAAAAAAGUCUUGAUAUGAAAA